AUGAGAAUCGUGGCUCGAAUUCUCCCAGUGACAGGAAAUAUCUGUCUAUCUGGUUCACAUAAGGUCACUUUUACUAGACUUGCCCCUCUUCUGGCCCGACAAAGGGCUUACACUCAACGUUUUGUACUCUUUGCCACUUACUCAACUGGCCGUCGCAAGUCCUCUUCAAUGGCGUCAGAAUCUCUGAAAUCGUCGGACGGAGAUGUCCGUGAACACGGUAAUCGCAGCUCAUCCCAGCAAGGCCGCGAGGGUACUCCAUAUGCAGCCGGCGCUGCUGCUGGAGCUCGAGCCGCCAACGCUUUCUUUCCGUUGGGAUACCGUGAGGGAUUCAGUCAAUGGUGGGCUCGACUACCAGCUGCUGCUGCUGAACAUAAAGUCCUCUCUUAUCUCCCCUACCUAGGUCACCAAGUCCCCACCCAUUUACAGACGGGUAACACAUCAGAUCUACAAUCUGCGGACCACCAGCAGCAAGGCGAAAUUUCGACCGACUCUCGCAAUGAUCCCUAUGGUCCUCGUCGGUGGAGCUCCAGCAUGGUGGAGCUGAGCGGAAAAGAUCGGGCUCUGAACGAGUUCUCAGUAGAGAGAGUCGGCGAGGAGGCUGAUCAGCAUUUGGUUAUGCUGCACGGAUACGGCGCUGGGCUUGGGUUCUUCUACAAGAAUUUUGAGCCACUGAGCCGGUUGAAGGGCUGGCAGCUCCAUGCGCUCGAUAUGCUGGGCAUGGGCCGAAGCACACGGCCACCUUUCAAGAUCAAGGCAAAGGACCGCGAAGAGGCCAUUCGUGAAGCAGAGGCUUGGUUUGUUGAUGCAUUGGAGGAAUGGCGCGUCAAGCGUAAAAUUGAUCGCUUUACUCUACUCGGACAUAGUUUGGGAGGUUACAUGGCUGUCGCGUAUGCCCUCAAAUACCCUGGUCAUCUUAACAAGCUGAUCCUCGCCUCGCCUGUGGGUAUCCCAGAAGACCCAUAUGCAGUUACUGCAGAGGUGACCGAGCCAUCUGAAUCAACACUCCCCAGCGAACUCACUCAGGACCAACGGGAGAUCACUGCCUCCGGUGCGACUCCCAAGACCAGCGAUGGCAGCUUCAUCACAGGUCGCAACGCCGAAGCACAGGCAUCAAACCAACCGCCACGUCGCAAUAUGCCCAAGUGGUUCUCCUACUUAUGGGAGGCUAAUGUCUCACCUUUCAGCCUUGUGCGCUGGACAGGUCCCUUUGGUCCUCGAUUGGUGUCCGGAUGGACCUCACGCCGCUUUUCUCACCUCCCAGCCGAGGAAGCCAAGGCGCUCCAUGACUACUCCUACUCUAUUUUCAGUCAACGUGGCAGUGGCGAGUAUGCACUGGCAUACAUCCUUGCUCCAGGUGCAUUUGCCCGUAGCCCUCUCAUUCGCCGCAUCCACACCUAUCUCAAGAAUCUACAUCAGAUGGUGUAUCUGCCCCUCCUGUCCUUGCCUCAGAUGUCCCCCCCCGUAUCUCCUACUCCCCGACGAGAGAACGGUCUUCCUAUUGUUUUCAUGUACGGUGACCACGACUGGAUGGAUGUUACAGGUGGUCACGCCGCGGUGGCUCGUCUAGAAGAAGAGCAACGUCGCGUUCUUGCAGAUGCCUCUCCUGAAGAGCGACAGAAAGAGCAAGGUUCUGCGAAGGUUGUUGUGAUCAAUCGGGCCGGACACCACCUGUACUUGGACGGAUGGGAGGACUUUAAUCGAGUGAUCUUGUCCGAGAUGGAGGAUGUCAAUAAGCGGGAGAGGGCGGCAUAG